CAGACAGCUAAAAAAAACAUAAACAGACAUCAUGGCUAAUCCCUUCUUGAUGGACGACGACUUGGAUGGCGGCGAUAUGGCCGCCAAUCCCUUCCUGAUGCAAUCAGAGCCGGAGGAGGCAUCCGAUAAUCCCUUCGGGGCAGGAGCUGGGGCAGGAGCCUCGAAUCCCUUUGCCUUUGGCGGCGAUGAUCUCGAACCGGAAGCGGAAGUGGAACCGGACGCUGCUCCCAUCAACGAUCUGGAUCCGGCGAUGAGCUUCUUCGGCACCACCAUCGAGGCGGAGGACGAUGCUCUCAGCCUGAAGUCCGGUGCCGAGGAGGAGGACGGCGAGGGCAAGAAGUCCCAGCAACAGCCGCCACACCCACACCCACACCCACACCCACACCCACAUCCCCACCCGCCGCCGCCACGCCCCCAGGCACCGCCACAAAGUACCCAGGAUUUGAUCAGCACCGUCUCCAGCCAGCUGGAGGAGACCAGUUCGGAGCUACUGGGCCGGAUACCGGCCACCCGAUCGCCCAGUCCCGUCUCCAUGCGGGACCUCCACUCGCCCAGUCCCACACCCGAUUCCGGGCUGGCCGAUCUGCUGGACGUCUCCGUGGACAGCGGUUCCAGUGCCCACAUCCAGGAGGUGGACCUGAUCAGCGGAGUAACGGGAGCGGCAGUUCCGCCUCCCAAUCCGUUGGAUAAUCCGUUUGCGGUGCCGACGGCGGUGCCCAGCUUGCAGGGUGCCACGCCCAUGCCCGCCUCACCGGCCAAGCAGCCGCCCCGCCCGCCACCGCCACGCCCAGCACCGCCACGUCCCACUCCCCCGGCCGGCCAUAUGCCGCCCCAGCGUCCUCCGCCGCCGGCCGCAGUGCCCGCCAAUCCUCCCGCUCCUGCUCCCGCUCCUGCUGCCGCCUCGGCGGAUGCCGAUGAUCUGCUGGACAUGUUCAGCACCUCCAGCAAGCCGGCGAAGCCGCCACCGCCCAAGACCAAGGAGGACAUUCUCAGUCUGUUCGAGCAGCCGGCACCACAGCCGGUGGUGGCUCCGAAACCGGAUCUGCUGAACGAUGAUCUGCCGGUGACGCCGCCGGAGAAGCUGGAGUCCGAAACGGAUGCGGAGGCCGAGCCGGAACCGGUCAGGGAGGAGCCCAUCUUCAGCUCCCUGCUCACCCGGCCGGACGAGAGCACCCACGACAUCACCUCCCAGCCCCAGGCGGCCACCGUGAAGGACCGGCAGUCGAAUCACAUGGCCGCUCCCCAGGAUGCCACCAACCGCCAGAGAGCACCCACGCCGGACAUUGAAAUCACCACAGUGGAGGACCUGCCCAGGUCCGAUGACGAGGACGAGGAGCCGGUAGAGGUGGUGCGGCAGCCGGAACCGGAACCAAGCGAAACCAAGCCGGAGAGUCCGCCGACGGAGGUGGCUCCGGAAAUCGAACCAGUGGCCGAGCCAGUGGAGCUAGCCAUCGAGCCGGAACCGGAACUGGAGCCAGAGCCCGAGCAAAUGGACACCGGACUCGAUUUCGCGCCCGUGGCGAGUGGCCAGCUGUCCGCCAAUCCCUUCGCCAGUCCCGAGGAGGAGGACGAGCCCAGUUUCGCGCCCGUGCCGGUGGUGGGCAACAUCUUUGCGGUGGACGACCCGGAACCGGAGGCGGAAGCAGAGCCGGAACCGGCGGUGGAGCCCCCGGUGGCGCCCAGCUAUGUGACCAACAUAUUCGCCGCCGAGCCGGACGAGUUCGAUGCCUUCUCGGCCAAAUUCGAUUCCGUGAAGAAGGACAACAUCAGUAUCCUGGACGGUUUUGGAGGAUCUGGCGCUAUAACGCCCACGGGCGGAGAUGCCUGGGGCGACAGUGCCUUCGGGUCUGCCACGAUCUCGGCCAAUGCCUUCGGAGAUGCCAACUCGGCGGACGAUGGCUUCGGCAACGAGGACGACGACUUCUACUCGAUGCAGGCGCCCGCCCGUGCCGAUUCCGUGGAGUCCGUGGACAAGGAGUUCAGUGUCGUGAUCCGCCCCAAGGCGGAGGGUGUGGGUGGCGUGGCCCCGCAACUGGCACCACCACCACCCCCAGCCAGGAUCUCCAAUCAGGCCACUACAUCGCCGCCGGCCACCGUGAAUCCCUUUGAGGAUGUGAGCGGUUUCCCGGCGCCAGCACCACCGCCGGCGGGCGAGACUCCGAUGAAGCGAACCGACUCCCAGGACACACCACAGACGCCGCUGUACGACGAGGAUGUGUCCCAGCCGCUGGAGGAGUUCCCCAGGCUGCACUACAUCGGUCCCGGAUGGGAGAUGCAGCUCCGACAGCCGAACAAGAAGAAGAUCACCGGCCAGCGAUUCUGGAAGAAGAUCUUUGUCCGUCUGGUGGUGCAGAACGAUGUGCCGGUGGUGCAGUUGCUCAACCAGGCGGGCGAUAAGCAACCGUUCCAGGAGCUGCCCCUCCAGCCGUCCUACUCGGUGUCGGAGAUCGGGGCCCAGCAGUACGAUCAGUUUGGGAAGAUCUUCACGAUGAAGCUGCAGUACAUAUUCUACAAGGAACGGCCCGGCGUCCGGCCCGGCCAGGUGACCAAGGCCGAGCGGAUAACCAACAAGCUGACCAAGUUCGCACAAUACGCCAUCGCCGGCGACUACGAGGGCGUCAAGGAGUUCGGCAGCGAUCUCAAGAAACUGGGCCUGCCCGUCGAGCAUGCCCCCCAGUCGUCGCAGCUCUUCAAGAUCGGCUCGAUGAACUACGAGGACAUGAAACAGUUCUCCGUCUGCAUCGAGGAGGCGCUCUUCAAGCUGCCAGCCCUGAGGGAACGGGCACUCACCUACAAAAUGGAGGAGGUCCAGGUGACGGCCGUGGAUGAGAUAACCGUGGAGCAGGAUAGUGAGGGCAAGAUCCUCAAGCAGAUCGCCCGUGUGCGUCUGUUCUUCCUGGCCUUCCUCACCGGCAUGCCGACCAUCGAGCUGGGCGUCAACGAUAUGUGGCGCCAGGGCAAGGAGGUGGUGGGUCGGCACGACAUCAUCCCAGUGGCCACCGAGGAGUGGAUCCGUUUGGAAGCCGUCGAGUUCCACAGCGUCGUCAAUCAGCAGGAGUACGAGCGAACGCGUACCAUCAAAUUCCAACCACCUGAUGCCAACUACAUUGAAUUGCUGCGCUUCCGCGUUCGUCCGCCCAAGAAUCGUGAACUUCCGCUCCAGCUGAAGGCCACCUGGUGCGUAACUGGGAACAAGGUGGAGCUCCGGGCCGAUAUCCUGGUGCCGGGCUUCACUUCCCGCAAGCUGGGCCAGAUACCCUGCGAGGAUGUGUCGGUGCGCUUCCCCAUACCCGAGUGCUGGAUCUAUCUGUUCCGUGUGGAGAAGCACUUUAGAUAUGGUUCGGUGAAGUCGGCCCAUCGACGAACGGGUAAGAUCAAGGGCAUCGAAAGGAUCCUGGGAGCAGUGGACACCCUGCAGGAGUCCCUCAUUGAAGUCACAUCCGGACAGGCCAAGUACGAGCAUCAUCAUCGCGCCAUUGUCUGGCGGUGUCCUCGACUGCCCAAGGAGGGUCAGGGAGCCUAUACCACUCACCAGCUGGUCUGCCGGAUGGCCCUCACCUCCUACGAUCAGAUACCCAGCGAACUGGCGCCGUACGCAUUCGUGGAAUUUACGAUGCCCGCCACGCAGGUCUCGCAUACCACCGUGCGCUCCGUGAGUGUCCAGGAUUCGGACGCCGAUGAGCCGCCGGAGAAGUAUGUCCGCUAUUUGGCACGACACGAGUACAAGGUUGGCAUCGAGACCACGCACGGCGAGUCCACGAACGCGUAUCUGGCGGCAACCCGGCCCAUCCGGGAGGAGACAACCAGCUCGGCCAGCAGCAAGCCGGUUGCCUCUCCCGUCCCGCCCAGCGACUCUGACACGGACACCAACUAAUCUGGCUAGUAUCCUUUGGCCAGGAUCCGGGCUUUCUGUAGAUAUUCCUCCCCCCAGCAUGGUUAAUCCAAAUCGUUCUUGUUAUAUAUACAAAAAAAAAACAAAAAAAACAAAAAACUAUAUUAGAUAUGUCUGGGUCUAAAUAAUAUAUACAUAUAUAUAUAUAUAUAUUUUCAUGUGCGUCUGAUGCCAUUUAUCCCCUCUAGCCUUUAGCCCUUAGCCCUUAGCCCCUCUCCUUGGGCAGCGUGUUCAUCGCUUUUUUUUCGCAAAAAAAGACACAAAUCAGAGAGAGAGAGAGAGAGAGUUAGGUAAAGAUUAGUUGACAAUAAAGUUAAGGGCGGCAGGAGCAAGGAUCAGGAGCAAGGAUCAGGAGCAGGAGAAGCAAGUAUCCAACUAGCAGGAUCUAAAGGAGAAGAAGGAGCACCAGAGCCAGCAGGAGGACAGUGUAAAAAGCCAAAGAAGACAAAGGAUGCAAGGAUGCCGGGGGCAAGGAUCAUGACAAGCCAGCGAAGGUCCUUUCAGAGAAGAUACCACGAAACUGCGUUACUUCUAGCCAUUAAAUCACGUUAAAGUUAAUCAAUAUCAGACUCAGACUCCGACUCAGACUCCGACUCAGUACGUAAAGUGAAAACCCAUACAUAUACAUAACACAUAACAUAUAUAUAUUCUCUGAUGUAUUAUUACGUAAUCGGAUGUAGUCUGAUGUAAGCAAUGAAAAGCAAUUUCAUCGAGUGCUGCCGUUGUUUCCCCCCAACCCCCCCAAAAAAAAAAAAAUCAACUAAUAUCUUACAACUUAAAACCCAAAAAGAAAAGAAGCUCAACUGGAGGGCAACGCACACACACACACAUACACUGCAAGAAAAUAACUACUUACUUAACUAAACUACACUUGACGAAAAACCAAAAAAAAAAAAACAAACUGGAAUUUCUGGAAAACUAUGCUAUCCAUCAGCUACACUGUAAGCUUUACGUAUACCAUUUGAUUUAAAAAAUAACUUUAGAGAAAGAGUUCAUGAAACCGGAAACGGAAACGAAAAAACGAAAAAACGGAAACGGAAACGGAAAUGCAUAUUCAAAUGUUAUUGUUGUGAAUCAAAUUAAAUUAUAUUCAAAUCUAUGGUAAAGAAAUUAAGAAAAACAUUUAACAAAAAAAACAAAACAAAACAAAAUAGAAGAAUCAUACUUUGUUGAAGCAAGAAACUAAAAAUAAAUAAAAAAAAACAUUAAAACUAAAAGCUAAAAAACUUAAACAAAAAUAAAAACGAAAUGAAAAAUAUUUCAUAACUACAUAUAUGCCAGAUGUAUUGAUUGAUUGAUUAAUUGAUUGAUUGAUGGAUUGAGUUUACUAGACAAGAAUUGCAUAAAUAGAUUUGUUAAUUGAGUGUUAAAUGAAAAUAUAUUCUAUGAUCCCCCCGCCCUCCCCCGCUUGCCUCUGUUCGAUUUCCUUAAAAAACCAAAAAAAAAUAAAUACAAAAAAAAUAUAUAAAUUAAAGUAUUGAAAAUGGCCCAUUCAAAAUCCAUUCCUCAAAAUCAUUCAGAUAUAUACGACUCUAGAUGGAAUCACGAUUUAAUGAUAAUAGUAAAUUAUGUAUAUUGUAU